AUGAUGUCGCUUACUGAGGAACGUAUCAAUGAAAUGAAAGAAAUCUUCUCAAUGGUUGACGACGAUGGUGAUGGUUCCAUCACUCGACCCCAACUUGGAAUGUGCCUACGAGCAAUGCAAUAUUCGAUCAGCAACCAGGAAAUCAAUUCUUUAAUGAAAAAGUUCGAUUCAGACAAAACUGAUCGUAUAAACUUCCCUCAAUUACUCCAAAUCAUAGCGGCUACUCAUCAACCAAGUUUAAACCAACAGACGCAGUCGAUUCUGUCAGCAUUGAAACUCUUCGAUACAAACAACGAUGGUAAGGAGAAAAAUACUCUCGAUUGA